UCAUAACAAAAGCAAAUGUCGAUACUCACGUUCCCAAUGUCCACUGAGUUGCUUGCAUGGCUUGUUCUACUUUUACUUCCUUCACUUCUCAUAAUCUUUCUUCUUCGUCGUUCACCUAAAAACCUACCACCAUGUCCACCAAGAUUACCUAUCUUAGGAAACAUCCACCAGCUUGGAUCACUCCCUCACCGUACCCUUAGAGAUCUCUCUCUCAAAUACGGCCCUGUCAUCACCGUCUACCUCGGAAGCGUACGUACGGUGGUUGUAAACUCUCCCGAGACGGCUGAGGAGGUUUUAAAACUCCAUGACUCCGAGUGUUGCACUCGCCCGAAGCUAUCAAUCACCAAGACCUUUUUCUAUGAUGGACUUGGUUUAGGGUUUACUAAAUGGGGUGAUUACUACAGAGAAGUACGUAAACUCUGUGUUCUUGAACUCUUCUCUGUCAAAAGAGCCAACUCGUUUCGGAACCUUAGAGACGAGGAGCUAGGUCGGCUCCUUAACUCGUUGUCUGACUCUGCGGCUGCUGGUACUUCCGUUGAUCUCAGCAAAAUGCUGAUCAAGUUCGUGGCGAGUUUUACGUGUAGGAUGGCGUUCGGGUUGAGUUUUCUCGGGAGUGAUAUUGAUAACGACAGGUUUUUGGAGGUGUUCAUGGAGGCCAACAGAGUCAUCGGGAAAUUCGCGGCUGCCGAUAUAUUCCCAAGCUUUGGUUGGAUCAUUGAUAGGAUCAGCGGGCUUGAGUCUAGCCGGAAGAAGGGUUUUAAAGAUCUUGAUACGUUUUAUCAGAAAGCUAUUGUUGAUCAUAGGGAAAAGAAGAGAACUGAAGAACGUGAGGAUUUGAUUGACGUGUUGCUCAAGUUACAGAGUCAAGAAACCAAACUUGGUUCUAAUAGGAUCACUGAUACACAUAUCAGAGCUAUUCUUAUGGAUUUGUUCCUAGCAGGAGUAGACGCAACUGCAAUCACUAUAGAUUGGACAAUGGCAGAGCUUGUAAGACACCCAAGAGUGAUGAAGAAAGUGCAAGCUGAGAUCCGUGAACGCGUAGGAGACAAUGGUACAGUGACUUACGAUGAUCUUGAGGGUCUAGAAUAUAUGAAAAUGGUGCUCAAGGAGACUUGGAGGUUACACAUACCAAGUCCAAUCUUGAUUCCUAGAGAAGCAAUGACCAAAUUCACGAUCAGAGGUUAUGACAUUUACCCUGGAACGCGUAUUCAUGUCAAUGCAUGGGCUAUUGGUCGUAAUCCUGAUGCAUGGAAGGAUCCUGAGGUGUUUUUCCCUGAAAGAUUCAUUGGUAGCACUGUGGAUACUAAAGGGACGAGUUAUGAGCUGUUGCCGUUUGGGAGCGGACGCAGAGGUUGUCCCGCUAUGUACAUGGGACUAAGUACGGUGGAGUACGCAGUGGCGAAUCUUUUGUAUCAUUUUGAUUGGAUACCGACAGGGGAAGUGAGUGUUGAAGAAGCACCUGGUCUCACUAGCCAUAGGAAGCAUCCUCUUCAAGUUGUUCCUGUUAGUGUUAAGAACCGCAAGCUUUAAGAGAGUUGGAAACGCAAAACACAGUUUGCAAUGAAUAAGGUUUAAUAGGCCAUAAGCCCAUAAGCAUAUGGCUCAACACAAUAUGUACUUUUAUUUAUGGCUCAACAGAAUAUGUACUUUAUUUACCAAAAAAAAAACACAAUAUGUACUUUUAUUUAUGAAUUUAUGUAAUGCUUUCAAACAAUAAAUCUCAUUUACAUUAAUAAAAUUUGGAUUGAUUAUGUACUAA